AUGAGACAAGUGUUACUGAUUUGUAAUAUUUUUUCCUUCCACUCUCCUGUUUGGGCAGUAGUUGCUGGUCUCUCCUUGCACUCUGGAUGGCCAGCUUCAUCAGCCUCAUGAAGCGUGACUUCAGCUUUAAAGCCUGUAAAUCCCCCGGGACAGAGAAAAGGUACCUCUCUGAAAGAGCAUGACAAACAGGAGGAAGAAGGGAUUAAAAUACAACAGCUGGAAAACAUGAGGCAGCAUAAAAUCAAAGAUGACACAAACCGGUGGCAGAGGGACAAGCAGAGCGCGACCACGGAACCCGCACAGAGACGGACACCUGCCGAGUUAAGAGGGAAAAGUGUUUCUGCAAAACCAGAACGAAUGAUUCCACCACAGCCUCCUCCAAAGCCACAUCCAAAAUGUCCCCCAAAACCACCCAUCAAACCUCCACAGCUCUUCGGUGCCAUGAGGGCUGGGAUAGAAGAGGAAAAGGAGAGGAGGAAGCAGGAGGACGAACAGUGGAAAGACUUGGUGGUCAAGGAAAGGGAUGAGAGUGAAGGACAGGACAUAGGGAAGGUAAAUGGAGAUCCCAGAGACACUGAGUUGACCACUCCAACCGUGACAGAGAUGCCUUCCCUACUAGAAGAGACAGUAAUGAAAUCUAGAGUGAAUCAGGAGGUGGAAUUGCCAAAAGGAGGGAAAAUAUUCUGUCUCAAGCCCCCUUGUAGAAACAGACCAACGGCAGCGCUCACAGCUGAGCAUCGCGAGUCUCAGCACCCAGGGAAACAACCCCAGAACAAAGCAAAUGGACAGGUCCAACCUGGUCCUCUUCCACAAAGGGGCCCUGCUCGGGUCAACCCUUUAGGGACAGACUCAAACACAGAAUAUAACAAAGAAAUCCAGAUGUCUGGGCAAGGGAGGCAAGAUUGUGAAGUGAUUUCUAAAUUUCCAUCUGGACAUCGGGCAGGGACAGAGGUGGAGGGGACACGUCAACCAGGGCUGCAGAGAUUAGAGGACGCACAGGAAAUUGCUGAGACACUUCCGGAUGGAGAGCCGAAGCAAACAAACCAGAAGACCAAUGCAAGAGGAAAGGUGAAGAAGCUUGCCAAGAAGGUGAUGGGAAGAUUGAAAGAGGCAAGAGAGGAGAAAAGAAAAAUCAAAGUGGAAGAGAUGGAGAUGGGUGGAGUAAGAGAGGAUGUUACUGAAUUGACACAGGAUGAAAGGAGUCAUGGGGAGGAAGGAGGGAUGGAGGAGGAGGAGGAAGAGGAAGGGAUUGAUGAAGAUGCGGGGGACCAAUCAGCAGUGACAGAGACACAGAGCCAUGCUGACCUGGUGGAGGGGAGGAUUAAAAGAAGAAACGCAACAUCUGAAAGUCCUUUCAGCUCCUUCAAAGUCUGCAGUCCAGUGAAGCUGGUGGAGGAGCUCCUGUCAGGUGAUGAGUGGUCACAGUUCCUGUACAGAGACCAGAGCUCCACUCCCGACCCACCUCCAUACCAGACACGCUCAGAGGACACAGCACAGCUCCGUGGGGACUUCCACUGUAACUCUAGUGCUGAACUGGACCUCGCUCUGGAUGUGUUUGAAGGCAACCCUGCCGACCCAGAGGAGGAGCCUGUCUACGAGGAUAUCGAUCUAUCAAAUAUCACCCAAAAGAGCCAAACACGCGAGCAACAGAUAUACAGUAAUAUACCAAAUAUAUUACUGCACAGUGAAGCAAGUCAGAUGAGCCCCAGAACCAAAGACAUUUACGACACAGUGGAGUUUAUCCAGCCUGUGCAGCCUGCAAACACAUACUUUUCUGAUAUUAAGUCUGAGAGGGUUCUGGACAGUUCAGUUCAGAAGUAUCUCAUCAAGCUGAGCAAGAGGAGACGCAGAGCAGCACGGAAACAGCGCCGUGAUGGGAGCCAUGCAGAGUCCUUCGGCCACUCUCCAUCCUCCACCUCGCCACCACAAGUCUUCCCUGCCUCCAUCUUCUAUAACAUCCCAGCUUCAGGAGGAGAGGAGGAACAGCAGCUCUCCACAGGAAAGUCUGGAGGAAGCAGUCCCAGAUGUCUGGCCAAGAUAAAGACAGCUCUGAAGGAUCAAACCUUGCUGAGAGCAGCGCAGCCAGAGGAGGACAGAGGAAAGUAGAGGACGCUUCUUCCAUUUCAUUUAGUGUCUUUAAUAUUAACAUAUUAUAUCAAUUAUUACAACAGCCAAAAAAUGCUGAUUAUUUGUGGAAUUGUAUGGAUGAGGAGAAUGUUUUUGCCUUGAAUGUAUUGGUUUACCCAAUGUGAUUUUGAAAAUGUUUCAUAACCAGCGAGGGUGGUAAUGCCUCCACACAGAUGAUGCGUAAUCUUUCAACUUAGUUUUAUAUGAAAAUCAUCAAAUUUGGAGUUGUUCAGUGUCCUUUUAGUAGGAAUGUAAUGUCUGAUGUGUGUAAAUGUAAUGCUACAAUACCAGAAAUAACUUCUGUUUUAUACCAAAUUAGACAUUCAUAUGUAUGUCAAAACAACAAAAGACGCAAAGUUUGUGGCAGGCACCCUCACAUCUACAUCAGAAUCCACGGAAAGUCGGGACAGCAAAUCUUUAGGAAGUUUAGUUUUUACACACAGAUUCAAAUAAACGGACUGCACUCGUA